UGCACCCCUGGCAGACGAUUGUGAAAAAAAUUGGUGAAAAGUAUUUUUGAGGGUAGGAAAUUAAAAGAAUUAACUCGUAUAUUAAAGAAUUAGUAGCAUCAAAGUGUCCUCUGGCUAAAGAAAACUCGUGACGCAAUGGACUUUCGCAACAAGAAUGACGUUUAUGGCACUGGCCAGCGUCGUGUGGGAAUUGGUAACUUAGGCGGCUCUGGCUCUGGCCCUGGUGCCGCAUUUUAUGCGCCAAACUUCGGCAACGAUGGUGGUGGCAUCAGCUACAACAACAGCAACAACUUGCAGCUGGACCGCGGCAAUAGUCAAUUAUUUGGCAACAGGAGCCCAGAAAUGGGUGGCAACUUUGGUCGCAGUCGUCCCUCAAACGACAACAAUUUUCCCUACAACGACAACAAUCGCCAGCGGGACUUGGAGAUGAUCUCGCGGGAGACAGCAGGCUCGAAUAGCUAUUUGCGGGGCCUAGAAAACCGCUCCAACUUCAAUUCCAACAACCAGAACCAGCGCUAUAGCAACUCCAAUGAUAACUUUGGCGAUAGCCAGCCGCGUCGAGACUUUGAUGACAAUUUCCGUGGUGGCGGCGGCGGCGGACCUUCGGGAGAUUUAGGCAAUGCCCGGGAUCUGCCGAGCAAUUUUGGUAACUUUGGCGGCCACAAUGAUUCCCCGAGCUUUGCCAACCGGAAUUCGGUGAGUUCAAAUUUCAAUUCCGAUUUCCGUAACCUGGACAACAACAACUAUCGUGGCCCACAGUCGAGCACCAGCUUCGGCGACAACAAUGGGCGUUACUACAAUGAUGCGCCACGGAACCAGAAUCGUUCCAGCAACGUUGGCCUCUCCGACGAUGUGGCCAACUUUAAUGACAAUUAUCGAGGCGGCUCCCGGUCGCAAAACUUUGCGGAUCAGCGCCCCAACUAUAAUGAUGGCGAUCGCAACUCUUAUGGCGGUGGUGGUGGCGGCGGCUUCAAUGAUAAUUUCCGUGGCAAUAAUUACGGAAACUCUGGCUCUGGCAAUGUGGACAACUGUGGACCUUCUGGUACCAGCUUCAACAACAAUAUUGGCAUAAAUAAUGCCGGUCCAUCGGUUGGCAAUUUUGGCCAGAACAACAGCCGCAACUUUCAGCCGCAAAACGAUCGGCGCAACUAUAACGAUGGCAUCUCCCGUUCUUGGAACAACUCCAACACGCAGCAAUCGUCUUCAUUCCAAGACUCUGGGUAUCAGUCGGUUGGCAGCGGCAACGGCAACGGCAAUGGCAAUGGCAAUGGCAAUCUGUCUGCCUGGGAGGCCAGCCAGCGGGCCUACAACUCCAAGAGGAUCCAGAAUUCACCCAAGAAGAACCUGAACAAUGGCGGCGUCAUCCGCAAGCCGGCCCCGGCACCAGCAAUCAAAAAUAUUCAGGGUAUUCGCAACAACCCGAAAACAGUGGCCUUGAUCACGGCCAAUGCGGCUAGAAACCCAGCAGUACGGAAUCCCGUCGGUGCCGCUGGCAAUCCUCGCAUCGCAGGAGGCGGUCCUGGAGCCAAUCCACGCAACGUAGGAGGCGGUCCUGUUGGCAAUCCACGGAACGCCUUGGGGCCCGGGCCCAAUGCACGCAAUGCCGUCGCACGUAUUUCUGGAACGUUGCAGAAUCGACCCAACCAGAACCAGAACAAUGCUGCGCGCAAUCAAAUCAAGCCGAAGAUCAUCGGACCCAAUCAAAGGAAGCCCAACAAUGUCGGACCGAAUCAGCCGAGGGCAAAUAACGCCGCUGGCAAUGCCAGUAGGAAUCCGCAGCCAGCCCGAGCCAAGAACGCAGUGCCAGCACCCACUGCUGGCCAACCCAAGGCCAAGCCCCCAGUGGUCAACAAUGCCCAGCCAAAGGGUCAGACAGUCGCUGGAGGAGCACCACGACCUGGACAAAAGCGUGCCGCACCAGCAGCAGUGGCCCCAGCAGCAGCCGUCAGCUCGCCGCUUUCAAAGUCUGAGAGAAAGUGGCUGAAGGUGGCCCGAAAGCGUGGAUUCCUUAUGGGCGGCUUUAAGCUGCCAUAUCUGCUUAAUGGGGACCCGAAGAAGUUGCCGCAGUUUGAGGACGAAUCGUAUGCGGUUGCCUUCUUCGAGCAGACCUUCAUCUACAGUACAAACCCAUACGCCGGUGAGGAGGAGUUCACCGAGGCAGCUGUCGUUAUCAACGAUGAUUCGGAUGAUGAAGAGCUGAAGGCUGCGCGUAAGAUCCACAAACGCACCAGGAAACGCCUGCGCACUGAUUUAGUGGCCGUUCAUCAGUCGACCAGCACCAUGGACUGGCCCAGCUGGUGGAAGGAUCACAAGGCUCUUGGGGAGGAGAUCGACAAACAGUUGAAGGCCUGUGGCAAUCUCAAUCUCGAGCACAGCUUCUUGCCCAAUUUCCCGAAGCUAACCACCGAGCAGGUGAUCGACGCCGUCAUCAAGUCGGCCCACUUUGGCUUGGAGAAGAAUGCGGAUGUGCCGUUCGACACCAUGAAGACGAUUUUCACGCUGAUGAAUCUAACGUUUUUGGAGAACCUGACGGACGCGAACAAAGAGGAAGUCCAGAACAUUAUACGCAACAUACCCAAUGCCCUUUGGGUACGCAAGAUGCGCUCAAUGAUCAAUCUGUGGGCCAAAUAUAAGCACGUCGCGGAGCCGUCGACGGCCACAGAAGCCGAGGCCAAGGAGGAACAUAACCGCCUGCAGCAGGCCACGGCCCGUGAAUGGAAGAGUGCCUGCUUCCACUGGGUGGCCAAGCAGGCCUUCGAUGAACUUGUGUCUAUUAGCGCAGCCGAGUGGAAGGAUCAUGCCACACUCUUUCCAAAACAAGAUUAAUCCAAUCCAAUUCUCACGCAUCCUGACACUUCUUCUCGCCUGAACAUUCUACUAAAACACUGACCCCAAAUCCUCCCCAUUUAACUCAGCAGGCAGAUCCAUCCCCCCGCAUUGGGAUUUACUUGUUUGCAUGCAUUCAGAUUGUACGAAUGAAAUUUAUGCACAUGUAUUGAUGAAAAUCCUAUGUACCAAUAGGAGUUAGAUUUUAAUUAGAUCAGAUUGAUUGAACAAAUAAAGUACCGACCCACAAAUCG